AUGGGUAUACAGGGUAUACAGAGUAUACAGGGUAUACAAGGUAUACAUGGGUAUACAGGGUAUACAAGGUAUACAUGGGUAUACAGGAUAUACAAGGUAUACAGGGUAUACAUGGGUAUACAGGGUAUACAUGGGUAUACAGGGUAUACAUGGGUAUACAGGCUAUACAGGGGUAUACAGGGUAUACAAGGUAUACAUAGGUAUACAGGGUAUACAUGGGUAUACAUAGUAUACAGGAUAUACAAGGUAGACAUGGGUAUACAAGGUAUACAGGGGUAUACAGGGUAUACAUGGGUAUACAGGGUAUACAGGGUAUACAUGGGUAUACAGGGUAUACAGGGGUAUACAGGGUAUACAAGGUAUACAUGGGUAUACAGGGUAUACAAGGUAUACAUGGGUAUACAUAGGUAUACAGGGUAUACAUGGGUAUACAGGGUAUACAGGGUAUACAAGGUAUACAUAGGUAUACAGGGUAUACAUGGGUAUACAUAGUAUACAGGAUAUACAAGGUAGACAUGGGUAUACAAGGUAUACAUGGGUAUACAGGGUAUACAUGGGUAUACAGGGUAUACAAGGUAUACAUGGGUAUACAGGGUAUACAUGGGUAUACAUAGGUAUACAUGGGUAUACAGGAUAUACAAGGUAUACAGGGAAUACAAGGGUAUACAGGGUAUACAAGGUAUACAUUGGUAUACAGGGUAUACAAGGUAUACAGGGUAUACAUGGGUAUACAGGAUAUACAAGGUAUACAGGGUAUACAAGGUAUACAGGGGUAUAAAGGGUAUACAGGGGUAUACAGGGUAUACAGGGUAUACAUGGGUAUACAGGGUAUACAUGGGUAUACAGGCUAUACAGGGGUAUACAGGGUAUGCAAGGUAUACAUGGGUAUACAGGGUAUACAAGGUA